AUGGAAUCGUCCUCGAGAACCGUGUGCAUCAAUUUUCUGGAAGAAUACAUCCAGUAUAUUUGCUGCACUACGUACAAACACCAUUUUUCCAUCAAAGAUUUGGAGCUCUUGAAUCCACUCGCCGAGCGGUGGCUAGUUGAAAUUCAGGAACAAACAUUUCUUCGCUUGAGCACUGAAAAGCCUGCCGGAAGUUCACAACGGGAAAAAGUCCGCGAACGUGCUUGUGGUAGUCCAGCAACCCCCAACCCUGACCUGAGCGAUGACCGGUCUACUAUCAGCUGCAACGUUUCUUACUCUGCAACAUCGUCUGCUGCAACGGAGGCAUAUUCCAUAACUGAUGGCGCACACACACCCGUAUCAAGCUCCAAAGGUAUCGGAGAACUUGCCCCCAAUAGCAUUGGAAAUCCAUUGGAUUCAGAGCUGCGCAAUCCCCAAAUGAACAGUUCUGGGCAAACAACAUAUCAGGCUCCCCGCUCUGAGUUUCGCCGUCACGUUGAAACCCCCUCUGCCAAACAAUCCGUCUACCAGAAACUCAUCAACCCGCUUCAGAAAUGGGACUUCUCUCCUGGGUCGGUUUAUAUCUUCGACCGCAGCUCUUCACCAGGAUUUGUGAAAAUCGGCUGUACCACCAGGCCCGUUUCAAAUCGUUUGGAGCACUGGUCGGAUUGUGGCUACCAACCGAACCUCGUGUUUAGCAGUGAAGCUAGCUACGCCCAGAGAGUCGAAACCCUGAUCCACCACGAACUGAUUAAAGAAUGGCGGGACGAGCGAAGGUGCAUGAAUCCGGAAUGCAGCACAAGGCAUCAAGAGUGGUUUGAAAUCGACAAGAACAAAGCCGAGCAGGUUUUGAGGGACUGGGUAUACUUCAUCAACGAAGCUCAGCCGUAUGGCCUCGACGGAAAUUUGAAAGCCGGCUGGGUGAGAGUGGUAGAUCGCAUCAAAAGCCGAAAGCGAAUUAUCACUGCUAGCGAGCUGGUAAAAUACUAUAACUCGACUCUGACGAAUGUUGCCAGGGGAGAGAGAAAGGAUCGGCCAGCUCGUCUGAGCCGAUAA